CAAACGAAGCAUUUGCCAGAUCAGAGUCAGUCGGGAUGACCAGGGAUGUUCUCUUGAUAAGUUGGCUCUAGGACCUUGAAGAUGCUGGCGCAGCCGCACGAUACUGCAAAUGGGAUUUCCUUGUCCAAGAGAGGCUGUUUACGAAGAAAGCUCUACUCCCUUCGACAAGAAAGGGCUGAUCUGCAGAUGGGAGCAGUUUGUCUGAAUUAUUCAGCAUAGGCUUCCACACAAAGUUAUUUUUGGGGUUGAGAAAUAGCCUAUCAAUUUAAUUUUCGUGCAUAUUGUUUUCGUUUGAAUUAAUCCUAUAAAUUCUACAGUAUGUUUUUGUCGUUGCACUUUGUUUUGCUGAGCGUCGCUUUUGUGGACAGCGCAUCCAUUGUGGAAGACUGCAUCAGAUUCAAUGGUGUGGAGUACAGAGGGGAGCAACAGAGCUCUUCCGCAGGACAAACCUGUCUAAACUGGACCAACACAACCCGGGACUAUGAUGUAAUGGCAUAUACCGAUUCACAAAUGGGCGUUGGGGACCAUAACUACUGCCGUAACCCAGACUCCUCUGAGAAGCCCUGGUGCUACGUGACUGGCCUAGACGCACAGGCCCAGAGACAAUCAUGUGCCAUUGACACCUGCAAAGACGAAGCCCCUACAGAGGCAGGCCCCCAUACCACAGCACAGAGCGAGGUCUUUGAGCUGACCAAGUCUGGGUCAGCCCAGGGAGGGGGUGCUGCGGUCCAGCCAGUCAUUGGCAUCAGCCAGCGGAUACGCACAGGACCCAAGAAGAAGGACCUGGGCACUCUCGGCUAUGUGGUUGGCAUCCUCAUGAUGGCCAUCAUCAUCCUCAUGGGGGUGGGCAUCACCUUCGGCUACUUCUACAAGAGGGGUCGGGACCUGAAGAAGCAGCAUGAGGAGCGAGUGUAUGAGCGGGAGAUGCAGAGGAUUACCCUGCCCCUGUCGGCCUUUUCCAACCCAACCUGUGAGCUGGUGGAUGAGAACUCCAUCGUCAUCAUGGCCCAGGAGCAGACCCCCACCCAGGAGGGCAUGGAGGGGGGAGACCCCCUGAUGGGCCAGCAGGCUGGUACCCCAGGAGCCUGAGCACUGACCACCCCACUGGACUGGGAAUGAACAAGGACAUUCGAACCUCAGAGGAUCCAAAUACUCCCCUCAGCCCCCAAAUCAACCCCCCCCCCCCCCCCUUUUUUUGAAGGCCUAUGAGGAGAAGGGGAGCAGGGCUGAGCUCCAAAGACUAAAUUGUGUCCUUAUUGCCCUGGUUUUAACACAAGUGUCACCAACAGGGGAAAAGAUGACAACAGGUGGCGCUGAAGGACUAAUUUCACUCCACGUGGAGACCAAUCGGGGAAGGUUGUGUACAAAAGUGCAUGUCAGGGAUGCUCAUUAAGAAACCGUGCAUUUCAUAUCCAAGAAAACAUGAUCACGGGCUGACGCUCUGCUAUAGCAGUAUGAUUGUCUUGUGAAUGGGAUGUGCAUCAAUCAACAUUAAUGAUGGAGGGUGAUGUUAUAAUCUUUGGAUGAAGAGGAGACAGUGUUUGGAAAGGGGGAAUUCAUAGCCUUGACUUUUUAUAUUGAGGUGUUCGGCAGUUUGGUGUUAUGGGCUUACCUGAGAAAACAAUGCUACACUUCCCCUGGCCCUUUUGGCUGUGCUAGGGCGGGUCUGGGGAGGGCAUCUAGUAUAGGAAUAGGAUAGCCCUGUUAAACAUCUGCAUUAGACAUCUUAAAGGCCGUUGGAACAGAUGUGGAGUAAUAAUUAGCAUGAGGGAACAUUUAUGUCAGAUCUGCAAAAGAAAAGGAAACAUCUCCUGCUCUCUGAAGCUGUGACGUUGCCUUAGCAUAAUGAAUGUAUUUGUACAUGGUGACCCUUCUGUUUAACUCAUAAGGCUGGGUGAUAGAAACCAAUGUGCAGUAACUAGAAACAUCAGGCAUCGGUGGCUUUACAUGAGAGAACAGGCUGUAUGGUUCCUUAGGUUAGAGACUGACAGGAAAAGGGAGACGUCUUUGUAAAUCGGGGAGUCUGUUCUCAGGAGGAAAUGCCGCAGCACAGCUGUGAAACAGAAUACAGCUGAGUCUGAGGUCUGGCUAGAACCGGACAGAGGCUGUCUGAAUGACGCUUGGGCAGACCAGAAGUCGGUUUAAAAGUUGAAGCCUGGGGCAUUAGAUUUGAAUUCGUCCCAAACGUCAGGGCAAGCAGACGAGCAAAGUAAAAGGGUAAACAGGAUAUGAGUCCAAAACUGAGGUAACCUACCAUAUUUGAUAUGUACAGGAUGGAAUAAUUGCAUAAUAAGCAGCCUGUUGCGAAACAGGAUGCUGAAAGUAAUGCCACAGUUGGUUAGAAAAUGUAAUAUGUUAUUGACCAACAAUCUCUUGUUGGGAUUAAAUGUAAUAUCUUUCUGCUUUACAUGAUUGCUCUAUUUUGCUAAUGCAAUAUCUUGCAUCACUCCAAAUGGUUGUCUUUUGUGAUUUAGACAUCUUUGAAAUGGUUGUCAUUCUGCAUCACUGGAUUACUCUUCAAUCAUUGUGGUUCCUUAGUUUUGGUGCAAUGCUGAUUUAAAAAAAAAAAGUUUCUUCACUGUUGCUAAUCAUUGGAAAUGAGUAUUUGUAAGUUUGGCAGAUUUCAAUAAAAUGUACUUAAAAGCA